AUGUCUAUCGAAACUGCUACAUCAGCAUUCCUGUUAUUUUCUUCUUGUUCAAGCGAGAAUAGUGAAGUGAAUAGAAAAAAACUUAUCAAUCUCAUCAUCGACCACUUCUUGACAUUUAACACUAUCAAUAUAAACUUUAAUCAUUACACUAAUUUAGGUUUGGAUUACACUAAUUCAUGA